GUACUUGAGCAGAGGAGAAUCUGCAAGAAUUCACAUCUCCUGGCCUGCAGAGAAAGCAGAAACAUGAGCACAGCAGGAAAAGUAAUAAAAUGCAAAGCAGCUGUGCUAUGGGAGCUCGAGAAACCAUUUUCCAUUGAGGAGGUGGAGGUCGCACCCCCGAAGGCCUAUGAAGUUCGUAUUAAGAUGGUGGCCACAGGAAUCUGUCGCUCAGAUGACCAUGUGGUUCGUGGAUCCUUGGUCACACCUCUUCCUAUGAUCCUAGGUCAUGAGGCGGCUGGCAUUGUGGAGAGCAUUGGUGAGGGGGUGACUACGGUAAAACCAGGUGAUAAAGUCAUCCCACUCUUUGUUCCCCAGUGUGGAAAGUGCAGUGUUUGUAAACACCCUGAAGCCAACAUUUGCUGCAAAAAUGAUCUGACUAAUCCUCGGGGGACCCUUAGUGAUGGUACCAGCAGGUUCACCUGCAAAGGGAAGCCCAUCUUGCAGUUUCUCGGCACCAGCACCUUCACCCAGUACACAGUGGUGGAUGAGAUGUCAGUGGCCAAGAUCGAUGCAGCCUCACCACUGGAGAAAGUCUGUCUGAUUGGCUGUGGAUUUUCUACUGGUUAUGGGUCUGCAAUCAAAGUUGCCAAGGUCACCCAGGGCUCCACCUGUGCCGUGUUCGGCCUCGGAGGAGUCGGCCUGUCUGUUGUCAUGGGCUGUAAAGCAGCUGGAGCAGCCAGGAUCAUUGGAGUGGACAUCAACAAAGACAAAUUUGCAAAAGCCAAAGAGGUGGGUGCCACCGAGUGCAUCAACCCUCAGGACUAUGAGAAACCUAUCCAGGAGGUGCUACAGGAAAUGAGCGGUGGAGGCGUGGAUUUUUCAUUUGAAGUCAUUGGGAGGAUUGACACUAUGAUUUCUGCCUUGCUGUGCUGUCAAAAAGCAUACGGCGUAAGCGUCAUUGUAGGAGUACCUCCUAAUUCUCAAAAUAUCUCUAUAAACCCCAUGUUGCUAUUGAAUGGACGCACCUGGAAAGGAGCUAUUUUUGGUGGCUUUAAAAGUAAAGAUUCUGUCCCCAAACUUGUGGCUGAUUUUAUGGCUAAGAAGUUUUCACUGGAUUCAUUAAUAACCCAUGUUUUACCCUUUGAAAAAAUCAAUGAAGGAUUUGAACUGCUUCGCUCAGGAAAGAGUAUCCGUACUAUCCUGACAUUUUGAGACCAUACACAUGCCUGCACUUGUAGCAGGCUUCUGGCUUCUCCAUCAUCCAAAACAUCAGCCAAACAUCAUCAAUGAUUCUGUUCUUUUUAUUCUGUGCUACCAGUAUAUCACAUAUGGGAAUUUUCCAAAGGAAAAAGAAAUGGAUGUGAAAUCAUUUGUCAAGCAAAUGUUUAAAAUUCAAGUGGAAGCUAGAGGAACAAUCAUCUGGGUAACUGAGUCCAAUAAACUUUCCUUCUUAAUCAUUCUA